CAUGCAUCAUGUGACUAUAACUCUAUGUGUCAUGAGAUUCAUGAAAUGUUUUGUUUUGAAUAAUAAUCCUAUUCUAUGCAUGAUCAUAGUUGUUUGUGCCACCGUUAUUGAAUAUUGUAGCACGGUAGCACCCAUGUGCUAUGCAGCCAUCCUUCAUUAUCUCGGUAGCUUGGACUUGGCUUCAAUUUUUUUGACUUGUUUAUUCAGAUUCACCUAUUUGCAUGUGUUAAUUAUUUGGUUUAAACGAAUAAAAUCACUAGUAAUCUUAAUUUGUUCAUUAUUGGAGUGUGUUUCUUAUUGUCUUCAUGAUAUUUUUACCCCUUUUUCUGGGAAACUUGGUUGGAUAACUUGUGUUGUGUGUAUUUUGGGGGGAUUCAAUGAAAGACAUGAAUUUUGACAUGACCAUGUGAAGAUCUGAAUAUCUUCUUUGUUGAAAUGUCAACAUCGUCUUUAUUUUGGAGAGAGGGGUUGUUCACUAAUUUUCUGAUAUCUGAGUAACCAAAGGGAAUUCAAGCAGAUAGAAACAGAAGGAAAUUUGUAAUUUGGCAUCAUGGCCAAGGAACAAAUUCAGGUGCUAAAUGCGCUUGAUGUGGCGAAAACACAAUGGUACCAUUUCACUGCAAUUGUAAUUGCUGGAAUGGGCUUCUUCACUGAUGCAUAUGAUCUAUUCUGCAUAUCCCUUGUCACCAAGUUGCUCGGUCGCAUUUACUACCACGUUGAUGGCGCUGCGAAGCCCGGAACAUUGCCUCCAAAUGUAUCAGCUGCUGUAAAUGGAGUAGCUUUCUGCGGUACACUUUCAGGACAGCUUUUCUUUGGCUGGCUUGGUGACAAAUUGGGCAGAAAAAAAGUCUAUGGCAUGACCCUCAUGAUGAUGGUCAUAUGCUCUAUUGGUUCCGGCCUUUCGUUCGGACAUAGUCCAAAAUCUGUGAUGGCAACACUUUGCUUCUUCAGGUUCUGGCUUGGUUUUGGAAUUGGUGGAGACUACCCCCUUUCUGCUACCAUUAUGUCUGAGUAUUCGAAUAAGAAGACUCGCGGCGCCUUCAUCGCUGCGGUCUUUGCUAUGCAGGGUUUUGGAAUUCUUGGAGGUGGUAUAUUUGCAAUCAUAAUUUCUGCUGCAUUCAAGGCCAAGUUUGAUGCUCCGCCUUAUGAGGUUGAUCCGGUUGGUUCAACUGUUCCUCAAGCUGACUAUAUUUGGAGGAUAAUUGUGAUGGUUGGAGCACUCCCAGCUGCAUUGACUUACUACUGGAGGAUGAAGAUGCCGGAAACCGCUCGCUAUACUGCUCUAGUUGCCAAGAACACAGAACAGGCUGCAAAGGAUAUGUCUAAGGUUCUGCAGGUUGAGAUUCAAGCUGAGCCAAAAGGUGACCAAGCACAGGCCAAUACAUUUGCCUUGUUCUCAAAGGAGUUCAUGCGCCGCCACGGAUUGCAUCUUCUCGGCACAGCAAGCACAUGGUUCUUGCUUGAUAUUGCAUUUUACAGCCAAAAUCUCUUCCAAAAAGACAUCUUCAGUGCAAUUGGUUGGAUUCCUCCUGCAAAAACCAUGAAUGCUCUUGAGGAAGUUUACAGAAUUGCAAGAGCUCAGACGCUUAUCGCUCUCUGCAGUACUGUCCCUGGCUACUGGUUUACAGUGGCUCUCAUAGACAGGAUUGGAAGAUUUGCUAUUCAAUUGAUGGGGUUCUUCUUCAUGACUGUUUUUAUGUUCGCUCUUGCCAUUCCUUAUGACCACUGGACUCAUAAGGAGAACAGAAUAGGAUUCGUGGUGAUAUAUUCCUUGACUUUCUUCUUCGCGAAUUUCGGGCCUAAUGCCACCACAUUCGUCGUGCCGGCCGAGAUUUUCCCGGCUAGAUUCCGGUCCACUUGCCACGGAAUUUCAUCAGCGGCCGGGAAGCUCGGGGCUAUAGUCGGAGCAUUCGGGUUCUUGUACCUGGCACAGAACAAGGACAAGAGCAAAGCAGAUGCAGGGUACCCUGCAGGUAUUGGUGUGAAGAACUCACUGCUUUUGUUAGGUGUGGUCAACAUUUUAGGCUUCUUUUGUACUUUCUUGGUGCCUGAGGCAAAGGGAAAAUCUUUGGAGGAAAUGUCAGGUGAGAAUGAAGAGGAAGGUGAAAAUGGAACCAAAGAAGAGUCAGAGCCACAUUCUUACAGCACCAGAACAGUUCCAUAUGUUUAGGUUAUGUUUAACUAACUGUAGUAUUGUUAUUGCAAUAAAGCACUACCUCAAGGGAAAAGCACAAAAGCUUUCUCUUCCCCUCUCCACUAGUUCUGUUAAUUUUUUUACCCGGAUAAUAUCAUGUUAGAGUAACUGAGGAGCUGUUUGUUGAACUACGAGUGUUGGGAAUUAUUAAUGUUAUGUAACCAUUAUUCCACUGUAGAGUAGUAGUACUAUCAAUUUUCAAGUUCAAUAACCGAUUUGUGCUUUGUUUGUUUCUUUUC